UUGUGGUGGGGUUUAAUAUGGAGCAUGUUUAGGGGUAUGUGUGCCCUCUAUUCUUAGUCAAUGGUAUGAUUUGUAACAGAAUAUGUUUAACAGUAAAAAAGAAAAUGGAUAAAAACAGAGAAGUGGGAUAAAAGGGAAUGUUGAAGCCUUCCCUACCAUUGUGGUCAUGUUGAAUAAUCACUUCCCAACACCUUAUUAUCACCAACUCACGCUAGUGGAAUCAUGAAAGCUGACAAAUAGAAUAGAACCUGCAUAGCCUUUUUGAGCCUUUUCUCCAAUAAAAUAAAAUCCUCGAAGGAGAGUCUCACUGUCUCACUCCUUUAAAAGGGCCUCCCUUCUAUUCUACCUCAGGCUUCCACUUCUACUCCCUACCCUCAAAUGUCCAACUUAAUCACCUUGUUUAUGCGGUGGUUGUGUCUGCUAUCUGCUAUCUACAAUGCCAAGCAUAUAGCACAUGGAAGUAGUAUGGGAGAAUCAACCAGGUUCUAUGAUUUCAAGGUUCAAACCAAAAGAGAUACCAAACUUUGCAACUCCAAAGACAUUGUCACAAUUAAUGGUAUGUUUCCAGGACCUGUUAUUUACGCUCAAGAGGAUGAUAGAGUCAUAGUAAAAGUGACCAACAAGACACCUUUCAAUGUUACAAUUCACUGGCAUGGUGUUCGGCAAAGGCUAUCAUGCUGGUAUGAUGGGCCAUCCUUGAUUACGCAAUGUCCAAUUCAAUCAGGCCAGAGCUUCACUUAUAAUUUUUCAGUGGUGCAGCAGAAGGGCACCUUCUUCUGGCAUGCUCAUGUUUCUUGGUUAAGAGGAACAGUUCAUGGUGCUAUGAUUGUUUAUCCAAAGGCUGGGGUACCUUACCCGUUUAAGUUUCCCUAUGAAGAGCACAUAAUUAUACUAGCAGGGGAAUAUUGGCUGCAGGAUCUCCAACAAAUUGAGAAGGCCACUCUAGCAAGUGGAGGACCUCCUCCAAAACCAGAUGCAUAUACCAUUAACGGUCAUCCAGGACCCAACUACAACUGCUCCACUAAUGAUGUCUACCAAAUUGACGUGAUUCCAGGGAAGACCUAUUUGUUAAGAUUGAUUAAUGCGGGUCUAAACACUGAGAAUUUCUUCGCCAUUGCUAAUCACAAUUUAACAAUCGUGGAAGCUGAUGCUGAAUACACCAAGCCAUUCACCACAGACUCGGUGAUGAUUGGACCAGGUCAAACAUUGAGUGUCCUAAUCUCUGCAAAUCAACCAGUAGGAAAAUACUCCAUGGCUGUAGCACCUUAUGAGUCUGGAAAGAUUGUCAUAUAUCAAAACGUUUCAGCUAUAGCAGGCUUCAACUACAUAGGAGCUCCAUCUGAUAGCCUAUCUUUACCUGCUAAACUGCCUAAACUUGAUGAUGAAGUGGCUGUAAAGACAGUUAUGGACGGAUUAAGGAGCCUAAAUCAAGUCAAUGUUUUUAAAGAAAUCGAUAAACAUCUAUUCAUUACCAUUGGUUUGAAUGUUCAAAACUGUCACUCAAAGACACCAAAGCAAAACUGCCAAGGCAUGCACAAUGGGGUGCUGGCAGCUUCAAUGAACAAUAUAAGUUUCGUUAAUCCCAACAUUUCAAUCUUGGAAGCAUAUUAUAAGAAAAUAAAAGGAACAUACACUGAAGAUUUCCCAGACACACCCCCAAAAUUCUAUGACUUUGUUAAUGGUGCCCCUAAUACCAUUCCAUAUGACACACAGUCAUUGAAUGGUACUAGAAUAAAGGUCCUUAAAUAUGGUAGUAGGGUGCAACUCAUUCUGCAGGAUACGGGGAUAGUCAACACUGAAAACCACCCAAUGCACUUCCAUGGCCACAGCUUUUAUGUGGUAGGGUAUGGAAAGGGUAACUUUAACCCAAUAACUGCACAAUUCAAUUUAGUGGAUCCUCCAUACAUGAACACAAUUGGAGUUCCAACAGGAGGAUGGGCAGCAAUUCGCUUCGUUGCUGAUAAUCCAGGGGUGUGGUUUUUGCACUGCCACAUUGAUAUACACAAGUCAUGGGGACUGGGAAUGGUAUUUAUAGUUAACAAUGGACAGGGAGAGCAGGAAUCCUUACCACAUCCUCCGCCAGACUUGCCACAGUGUUAAGACUACCAGCAGAUCAUAACAAAUAGAAA